UGUUUGCUGAGGAAGUCACUUUAUUUAAUUGCAGUGCCUGAGUCUGUACAGAGGGAAGUGGACCUGUCUGUUUGGUUGCGUGAGGAGAUGGUGAACCAUCCUACACUUACACAGCUUGCCAAAUCUCUGUCAAGUGUUUUGGUCCAGGAUAGAGCACCUAAGACAGUCAGUUCGUAUGUUCGGGCAUAUCAAACGUGGAAGAAGUGGGCUGCGAAGUGUAGUGCAACUGCCUUACCAGCUGAUCCUGGUGUCUUUGCCCUGUAUUUGGUACAUCUCAUCCAACAGGGCAGUUCAGUCUCACUGCUUAACACUGCUAUAUAUGGAGCAAGCUGGGUCCACAAGAAGAGUGGCUACCAGGAGCUGAACGAGCACCCUUUAAUUCGGCAAGUAGCUGAAGCCGGUAGAAGAAUUUUAGCGAAACCACCUAAUCGGAAAAAGGCUUUGGAUGUCAGUCUGGUCAAGAGAGUCAUCAGUAGGCUUGAACAUGGUAAUUUAGUUGAUAUUCAAGUUGCUACAUUGUUUGCAUUGGGAUUCUUUGGAUUCCUGCGCUGGGAUGAUCUUAGUAGACUGACUGUUGACAAUCUUCAGUUUGCGGAUACACAUCUUGCUAUUUUCCUUGUUCAGCGGAAGAACGACCAGUUCCGGGAUGGAUCUUGGGUCUUUGUGGCACGCUGUAGUUCAUCUCCUUGCCCGGUUGCGGUAGUUGAAAAAUUUUUGAAAGUUGGCAGUCAUGUGAAGAAUUCAAGGCUAUUUCGCCGGAUUCUGCAUACUGAGAAGAAGAUGGAACUCAGAAAGGAGCCCAUGUCAUACAGUCGAGCAAAUGAGCUGAUAAAGCGUGAGCUUCAAAAGGAAGAGUUGGAUCCUAAGCUGUAUGGAGUCCACAGUCUUAGGGCCGGAGGAGCAUCAGCAGCAGCAGCCCUUGGUGUACCUGAUCGACUAUUCCAGAGGCAAGGGGGAUGGAGUAGUGAGAGGUCUAAAAACAAUUACAUUCAGGAGUCCACGGAGUCACUGUUAACAGUUACUAAGACAAUUCAGGCUUGA